AUGUCUUUUAAGUGUAAACAGUGUGACAAGUGUUUUGACCUAAAAUCAAGUCUAACGCGGCAUGAAAGAGUUCACACUGGAGAAAAGCCGUAUGAAUGUAAACAGUGUGACAAGUGUUUUAGCCUAAAAGGAAGUCUAAGGCGUCACGAAAGAGUUCACACUGGGGAAAAGCCAUAUGAGUGUAAACAGUGUGACAAGUGUUUUAAUCAAGCAGGAAGCCUAAGGGUUCACCAAAGAAUUCACACUGGGGAAAAGCCCCAUGAAUGUAAAUGGUGUGGCAGAUGUUUUAGUCAUGCAGGAAGCCUUAGGAGUCAUGAAAGACUUCACACUGGGGGAAAGCCUUUUCAAUGUAAACAGUGUGGCAAGUGUUUUAUUGCAGCAGGAACCCUUAAGAUUCAUGAACGAAUUCACACUGGGGAAAAACCUUAUGAAUGUAAACAGUGUGGCAAGUGUUUUAUUGAAGCUGGAAAACUUAGGAUUCAUGAAAGAGUUCACACUGGGGAAAAGCCUUAUGAAUGUAAACAGUGUGGCAAGCGUUUUACUGAAGCAGGAAAAGUUAGGAGGCACGAAAGAGCUCACACUGGGGAAAAGCCUUAUAAAUGUAAACAGUGUGACAAAUGCUUUAGUCAAGCAGGAAAACUUAGGAGGCACGAAAGACUUCACACUGGAGAAAGGCCUUAUGAAUGUAAACAGUGUGGCAAGUGUUUUAAUGAUGUAGGAAACCUAAGGUGUCAUGAAAGAGUUCAUACUGGGGAAAAGCCUUAUAAAUGUAAACAGUGUGAAAAGUGUUUUAACCUUAAAGGAAGUCUAAGGCGGCAUGAAAGAGUUCACACUGGAGAAAAGCCAUAUGGAUGUAAACAGUGUGACAAGUGUUUUAGCCUAAAAUCAAGUCUAAGGCGUCAUGAAAGAAUUCACACUGGGGAAAAGCCCUUUGAAUGUAAACAGUGUGGCAAGUCUUUUAGCCGAACAGGACUCCUUAAGAUUCAUGAAAGAGUUCAUGCUGGGGAAGAGGCAUAUUAAUGCACACAGUGUAGUAAGUACUUUAGCCGGUCAGGAGACCUAAGGAGACAUGAAAAGGUUCAAGCUGGGAAAAAGCCAUACGAAUGUAAACAGUGUGACCAGUGUUUUUAGCUUAAAAGGAUAUUUAAGGGGUGUGAGUGGUCAUAAAACUUCUACUCGCCAUAAUCCUCUCUCUACUACUAAACCACUCUUAGUAUUAUACCUUUGAUGUGCCGAACACAGCAAUCUGCUCCCGCUUUUAACGUGAAUCAAAGCUGAAAACAGUUCUGUCCCUGGUGUUUUCUUUGCGUGUCCUAUGAACCGAUGCACAAAAUCAGGUUAAAUAAUUAGGUAUUAUUAUUGUGUUAUUAUAACUUGAUAAUCUAACUAGAAAUGUUUGUCAGGGGUACAAACCAGCACUUGAAUCAAAAUAUUAUUAAUUUUGUUUCUUACUAACAACUUCUCCAGAAAAGAUGGGUUUCAUUCUUUAGUAGCAGUGGCGGAUCCAGGUGAGGGACCCCGGGGGGCCUGGACGUCCCCUUAUUUUUAGACCAAAUCAAUCAUGUAGACCCUAAGGUAGGGGGGGGCAAAAAUUUUUUUUCAGACUGCCCCCCAUUAUCUUAGGGUUUGGAUGAUGGCUACCCCCCCCCUCUUAUCUGAAGGUCUGGAUCGCACCACUGAGUAGGACCCUUUGCAUCAGACUCCUUUGUUGUGAUUUCAGUUGCUUGAAAUCUACUUUGUCCUUUUUUGUGGUUUCAGUUGCUUGCAUUUAAAAUAUUGUCAUUACAAAAUGUAAGUAAGUAAUUCAAUAUGACUGAUGAGUGUGAUCUGUCUGAUGUAAACUUCGACCAUCUUUAUUGAAAUUCUUGCCUGAUUUCGUACGGUUGUCGGUUUAAUAUUGAUUUAAAUUGUUGUAAGUAAGCAAGUGGAGUGCCAUAACAUGAAGAAGCGUCACUUGUUGUAUCAAAGAAAUAAGCACGACUUAGUUAUGAAAACAAUGCGCAGUAACCAGCAUAUCAUGGUGGUUUUGUUGGGCACAUUACUGAGGGGUGGGCUUCGAAGCGGCGAGAAAACCACUCAUGAUUCUUAUUUUGUCAUUGUUAUUUUUGUUGUUAUAAAUAGUUUGUACGCAAAAAAGUGCUUUAAAAUUAGAAUCAGUAAUAGUGUGUAAAGCUGUCUGUUCUGAAUAGUUUAAUAAUACGAAAGGAAGUCCUUCCGACAAUAGAUUGAUCAUCUGCCAAUCUGUAGCCUGUUCCCAGACCCUCUAUUUUCUCUUCAAAGUCCGUUGGGCGUGUGAUAAAAAAUAAAAGCCGCGGGGGAUUUAUUGACCGCCAGUGCAAGGGGGUAGUAGUGGGGUAAGAAGAAAAUAGAUCAGUCCUAGUCAUGUUUAUUUUUCUUUCAAAAAGAAUGAAAAGAAAAAUAAGGCAACGUCUUUGUACAGGCCAGCCAAUUUCCAGUGAAAUUCUCCAUAUUUAGUCGUUAAUAUUAGGAUUGUGCGUGUCAAAAGUUCAGUGGGGUGGUCCCGAGGUAGCCAAAUCCCCUGGCCUCCGGGCCAAAAAAAUUUGCUAAUGCCCCACCCCCGGGACUAACAAGGUAGGCAAAUGAGGGCGGGUGGAUGGGCGCAGCUGGAAUUGACUGAUGCAUCAAAACAACUUGUGUCUUUUUCCCAAGCACUAAAAUUAUGAUAUUUAUUUGGUCACAAUCCGUGAGCAAGGAUUGUGUACCAUGAGGAAGCCACCAACAUAUAUAAACUUCAGCACUGUUGUUUUUAUCUUUGAAGUUUGUCUUCUUUUAGGGCAUUUUUUUACAUUGUUCUCAUAUUUUGGGUUUUGGUAAAAAUCAAACAGAUUUCUGAAGUCGUUAAUAUCCGGGACUUUGGAAAAACAGGUCUGGCAUGCGGUUAAUUGAACCAGCGAUCUUUCGCUCAGCUUACCGAAGCUUUACAGCUAGUUGGACAGAGACUAAAAUGAUUUCAGAAAAAAGGGCACUAAAAUUAAAGUAUCCAACGAAAUAUUCAUUGGGUCCUUUUGUGCCCAAGCAAUCAUCUCAUUUUUAUUUUCUAAAUAGCUGGACAAUUUCUCUACCUUUGUAGCUCUAUCAAAUGGACUUUAGUCCUUGAAAAUCAUGAAUUCUUUCUUCUUGAAACUUUUUAAAACUCCUUUCGGUUCGAUAGCCCUAAGAUUAUGCCCUUAUUUUUACCCUCGCGUACUUCAGGGCUCUUAUAAACGAUGCUUAUUUUUUUUCUCUUUGCUCGUUUGGGUUACAUUAAAUGUAUUUUACUAUCCCUGGCCCAAUCAGGGUCUGUUCUAAAAUAUAAAUUUUUUGAUGAAAUUACAUAAUGGCGCAUCAACCUCGUUCCCAGGGUUUUUACGAGGCUCGGCACACAUACUUUUAUGACUAGUUUUAUAAGCCCUACAUAUUUUUUCUCUUCUUUCCGACGACAUAUUACUACAGUUUUGCCUCAGCGUCAGAAAAGCUGGAAAAGGCAACGCACGCAAUCGAAAAAGAAAUAUUAUUCUCUGUAUGGUAUAGCGAGGUUAUCCUUGUAAGUGAAUGUGUUUAUUGGCGAAAAAAACGGGUCCAUUAUUGGUAGUUUCGAAAACGAAGCACUCGAAAACGAUUAUUGCAUUAAGAGAUGUCCGUUUUAGCGCGCAGUUUUCCAAAGCUCAUGCACGUUGUACGUGCCUAAGAUUUUUACCAUUGUCCGAGCCAGUCUGAGUACUAAUUCCAUGGUAGAUACUUCAUGUAGGGUUAUGAUGGGGAAUAUACUGUUUGUAGGUCACGUCGGUUGAUUCCCGUAAUAGCGCUGAAAACUACCAAAGGUAAACAAGGCUAUUUAAUGAUGUAUACAUAUUAGAAUGGUUUAAUGACAGGAUUAGUCGAUACAGCAGAAAAGACGAGCUUUUAGCCCACAUAUAAAUGACAGCUUCCCUAGUCUAGUCGAUUUGUGUUACUUCAAAAUUUUUCAAUUGCCUUUUGGUUAUUCGUACAGGACCCCCGUAAAUCGACUUGUAUUUGCUGUUAUUACGGGAUUCUGACUAUAUUGAUUAGGGUUAAGCACAGACGUGAUAUGGUUAGCUUCUUUUUAGGGUUAGGGUAAUCUGCUGUCGUGUGGGCUAUUAAAUUUGGACAUCAGAUGAUGUGAAAGAUUUUAGAGCUUUUAAAAAAGAUAGCAAAUACUUUGACAUAGUCCCUCGAGUGCACACUUCAGAAAAUGGUAAAUGACUUGUAUACCUGCCAACUUUUUCUGAGAUGUAGGCGUGAGAUUUUUAUCCUGGGAGUGCUGGGGUUUUUGAAAACGACACGACACGAAGAUGUCCGAAGUCUGCCGAAGGCGAAGUUAUCGAGAAAACGCUUAUCCUCAAAAUCAGAGAUCGCGGGUCUGAAUUAACAUAUUUUUGGAAAUUGUGUCAAGCAAGACGGCAACAACUCACAUUUUUCAAUCAGGCGUGAGAAAUUGGUCCGCAGGCGUGAGCGGGCGUGAGAUCGAAGUUUUCAACCCGCAGGCGUGAGACUCACGCCUAAGGCGUGAGAGUUGGCAGGUAUAGACUUGUUCUCUCCAAGUAGACUCUAUGUAGAGGCGGGGGGGAGGGUAGAGGGGAGGGGGCAAGCAUUACAUAGUCCCUCGAGUGCACUCUCAGAAAUUGGUAAAUGAAGCAUGACCCAGUCUGCAGAGUGGCAAGUGUACACAUGAAUUUUUUUUAAAGAUGGAAUCCAUCAGGAAAUGGAGUAAUUUCAAUUUUCAGUGGCAAAAACCCCUUACCAGAAUAAUUUAAACAAUAUCGCAUUCUUUUUUACAUUUUUUAAGGGCUAUAGAUGUAAUUAGUUAUCUGUAAUGACACCAAAGACUAUUUCUCAUAGGAGCCCAAUAAAAUAAAAUUAUGUCAAAUUUCACAAGAAUUGUGAAAACACAGGUAAAAUUCCUUAAAGUUCCUAAGGUUCCUAAAAUUCGUAAGGUGUCCUUUUCUGAAAUUUGAUAUUUAUUUGUAUGUGUUUAAGAACUGAUGUUUUUAAAAUAAAUUAUUGCCUGAAUAUUCGGUUUAUAAUCUGGUUUCUUUAUGUGUUCCACUCCAUAACAUUUGUUUUGCGGUGACCUGAUGCUACGUGAAUGAAUUAGUUCAUUUGCUGAUAUGGAAUAUUGAAAUUUAUGCUCAAUUUAGAAUAAUCUUUAUACUCAUAUGCUGUGUGUUUUUGUCACCGGUCAGGCACUAUUUGCAGGUAUUUCAUAGUUUAUAUAGGGCAAACGGAGAAAUCAGUGAUAAAAGGUUUGUUUAUAAAUUUUUUUUGCUGAUCAUUGACUGCUUUGUUAGUGUGGGUGCAUAAAAGACCUCGUAAAAAUACAUGUAGGUAAAUGUUUGUUUCAAACCGGGACGGGGUUGUAAAUCUUAUUCUAAUCAGCUGCAACAUAUAUCUGAGGAAUAGCAAAGAAUAAUAUGUAUUAUGGGGAUAUAUAAGAUCAAACCUGGCAAAACUUGUUUUUGUCUUUGGUUAUGGUAAACAACAACUGUAAAAAGCUUCAUUGCUCUUAUAAAAUAAACAAAACAAAUGUAAUUUUCUAAGGUACUUUUGUUUGUUUACACCCCACACUUGUCCAUAUAGCCGUUAUUGUUCAAGUUAUGGUGUCAGUAACUCUCUGUAAUGAUCCUCAGUUCAUUUCCCUGUGAGCACAAUCUCUGAGGGUGGAGCGGGGGUGGGCUCUGGGGUUGGGGGGAACUGAAUCAAUGAAGCUUGAAAAGAGCAUUUUUAGGAACUUCCCUGGUAUGUGAUGACAAAACUUGUCUUUGGUCGUGGUAAACAACAACUGUUAAAAGCUUCAUUGCUCUUAUAAAAUAAACAAAACAAAUGUAAUACCUUUUUAAGGUACUUUGUUUUUAUCACAACUUUAGUAGUUAGGUGUCCCCAAUUACUUGACAUUUGCAAACUAUUGUUAGUAUUAUAUUAACCACACAAAUAUUAUAAUAAUGUUUGCAUUGUACAUACCAAGCAAAAUCCUUUUGGGCUUAUCAAUAUCUCAUGGCUGUGCCUCUUUUAUCUAGCUGGAUUUAAUGGUUUAACAAAGUUGAAUAAUAACGUCUUUAUUUUAUGUUGAAGGGUUGCAACGGAAGCGACACUCCAUGUCUGUAAAGUGUAAACAGUGUGGCAAGUGGUUUAGUCAAACAGGAAGCUUAAAAACUCAUGAAAGAGUUCACACUGGGGAAAAACCUUAUGAUUGUAAACAGUGUGGCAAGUGUUUUAGCCGAGCAGCACACCUAAGGAAUCAUGAAAGAGUUCAUACUGGGAAAAGCCUUAUGAAUGUAAACAGUGUGACAAGUGUUUUAGUCUUAAAGGAAGUCUAACAAAGCAUGAAAGAAUUCACACUGGACAAAAGCCAUAUGAAUGUAAACAGUGUGAUAAGCGUUUUAGACUAGCAUUUCAGCUAAAGUUUCAUGAAAGAGUUCACAGUGGGGAAAAGCCUUAUGAAUGUAAACAGUGUGGCAAGUGUUUUAGUCAAGCAGUUCAGCUCAGGAAUCAUGAAAGAAUUCACACUGGGGAAAAGCCUUAUGAAUGUAAACAGUGUGGCAAAUGUUUUAGCCAAGUAGGAAGCCUUAGGAGUCAUGAAAGAAUUCACACUGGGGAAAAGCCAUAUGAAUGUACACAGUGUAGCAAGUGUUUUAGCCGAUCAGGAGACCUCAGGAAACAUGAAAUGGUUCACACUGGGGAAACGGCGUACGAACGUUAACAAGGUUUUUGGCAAUCAGGAAACUUAAGAAGUCACAAGAAAGUCCACAGAAGGAAAAUAUUGCAUAAAUGUACCAGUAACAAAGGUCUGUGGAGGGCAGGAUUGACGUACAGCACACUGUUACUUCCUCAAUUGAAGCAUUUUUAAUGUAUUUUUUUGUUUCAGUUGACGUCUGCCUUCGUUAUAACGCUAUUUUGUCAUUGUUAUUAUCUUGUUACAAGUAGUUCGUGGGCAAAAAAUGCCAUAAAAUUAAAAUCAGUAAUAGUGUGUAAAGCUAUCUGUUCUGAAUAGUUUAAUAAUACGAAAUGAAGUUCUUCCUAUAAUAGAUUAAUCAUACAUGAUCAUAAAAGUAUUUAGAUCAUUCCCCCUAAAUUUUAUAAAAGGCUCUAUCCUAGAUCAAACGAAAUUUGGUUGAAUCAAAAGAAGUCGAUUCACGGACGUCGAUAGCUCCCUAGCUCUCCCUAUUUCGCAGUGUAAGUUCUGUGUUGAUAAGCAAUGAUUGCUCGAUCUGGUAAUGUGCUUGCAGUUACCAGUAAAAUCCUCUAUAUCUAGUUGUUGAAGGAUAGAAAACCACGUGCGUGUUAAAAGCUCGGGGGUGGCCCCGGGGUACCCAAAUGCCCGACCUCCCGCACGAUCCCCCAAAAUUUGCAUAAACAUUGAAUUAAAAAGAAAAAAAAAAGUCGCAGCUUCAAAAAAAACUGGUAUCUUUUACUUACGCAAUAGUAAAAUUACAGUAUGAUAUUUGUUCAGUCACAAUCCGUAAACAAGGAUUGUGCACCGCCUGGGAGCCACCAACAUGUAUAAACUGCAGCACUGUUGCUUUUAUCUUUGAAAUUUGCCGCCUUUCAGGGCAUAUUUCUACAUUGUUCUCAUUUUUUGGUUUUUAGUAAAAACCAAACAGAUUUUCUGAAGCGCUAAUAUCCAGGUUUAUAAAAACAGGUCUUUUGUUGCUGGUCCUGCCUGCGUGCGCUUUGAACCCACUGGGCGAUUUUUUGCUCAUUUGGACCGAGACUAAAACGAUUUCAGAAAAAAAAGCACUAAAAUUACAUUAUCAAGCGAAAUACAACCGCUUAAUCAGGUUAACUAAUUUCAUUAGGUCUUUUUGGGCCUAAACAUUCAUCUCAUUUUUGUUCUCUAAAUAGAAAAAAGGGGCGUGGUAUCUGCAUAUUAAGUGGGUGUCCAUAAAGCCGGGUUUAACUUAGGGCCUGUUUACAUGGAGGUGGGGGACCCCAGGUAGGUGAGGUAACCCGCUUAGGUGGGGUAACCCGCCUGUCCAUAUAAUCUCUCAUUUUCAUUUGAUCACGUUUACAUUAUAGGUGGGGUGACCCGCCAAGGCGGGUAGCCCGGUCUACCAGACCGGGUUACCCUCUCAGCCGGGGUCACAAUUUUUCAUGUAAACGUUUCAAGGUGGGGUAACCCGCCUGGCCGGGGUCGGAUUCGUGAUACAUCAAAUUCGCGCAAAAUUCGCUUUCGCGGUGUCUUUGCAUUAUGAUUAAAGUUAACAAUAGAAAGCUAUUGCACUGACGGGUUGCAGCAAGAGCAACAAGUGAGUGAAGAAGUGCAUUAAUCGCCAAAAUUCGUGGUUUGCCAGCAUUUUUCUUGUUUACGUGCUUAGCGACCAUUCAAUAAUCUUGAGAAAGUGCACCCCGGGAAGGCGGGGUUGUAAGAUUGCAUGUAAAGGAGGGUUAUUUUUUUACCUCACCUAAGCGGGUUACCUCACCUACCUGGGGUCCCCCACCUCCAUGUAAACAGGCCGUUAGCCUGCGUAGCAUGGUGGUUUUGGUUGGGCGCGCUAAGUAACAAAGGCGGGUGAGGGCAGAGAAACCGCGAGGAGACAAAACCGCCAUGCUACGCAGGCUAGGUUUAACUGUACACCGAAAGAAAACAAUUUUUUUAAAAUAAGAGUAUAUCUGACUAAGUGUCCCCUAGUACCCCUUUUGAUUCACAUAAAAACUGAGUAAUUCUCUUUUUUGUAAAUUCUACUAAGGCUCAAUAAAUUUGCUUCUUGAAAUCUCAGUGCCACUCUGCUCACUGUCACUGGUUCUGUAAGGAUAUUUGACACUCCGACUUCUUCGAAAAAGUGGGAAACACUGCACUGGUGAGUAACGUACCAGUAUUGAUCAUGGCACUGACUGCAGUAGAUAUGGGGAAUGAAAGUCUUCUGCCGCUUUGAUCCUGGUACUAGCUACUCCGUUCUCCUGAGCACAAACAGACGUUUCUCCUCGCUCAUCGCUGUUAUAGUAUGCUUUAUGUCAGGGACUGGGCCCGAGUUUGGUGUCUCUUUGGGCCCGCCAUCUUGCUACUUGUGUGUAUUAAAAGGUUGUGUUCAUCUAUCCGUUCUCUCGUGUCACAUAUCAUAGUUUAUCCAGGAUACUUUAACAUGGUGGCAGCAGUGGGAUGAUUCUACACGCCGAGUGACGUUUUGACUCAUAAAACAUUGAGGUGAACCCGAUGAACCAGGAUUACUAAGUCAACCAUUCGUAGCGUGCAGCCGAGUAUCAUCGCAAUUCUACCGGCCGACACAGUUUUCUCACAAACAUGGGCGAGCUUUCGGGAAUUAAGCCGCCUCAGAUGGAAUGGAAUGACUCUGACUUACCCAUGGCAUUUAAAAGCUUCAAACAAUAUUGCCAGCUAGUCUUUGAUGGGCCUUUGAACGCGAAAGAGGACAAAGUCAAGGCAACCUAUAUUCUGCUCUGGAUCGGCGAAGAGGGCCGGAAAAUCUUUAACUCUUUUGACUUGACCGCUGAUGAGAAAGCGAAACCUGACGCAAUUUUUGACAAGUUUGCAACAUAUCUGGAACCUAAGUCAAAUUUUCGGAUUGCAAGAUACCAACUACAAGGCUUCAAACAAGCUGAUGAUGAAAGUGUAGAUUCGUUCAUGGCCAGGUGCAAAAUACAAGCCCAGAAAUGCCGAUUCAGUGACGCCGAACUAGAGGAGCGGUUAAUUGAGCAAUUAAUUAUUGGUACUCGCGAAAGAAAGAUACAAGAAGUCCUCUUAGGAAAAGAUGAUAAGUUAAAGCUUGACAAAGCCAUGGACAUUGCCCGGACAAGGGAAGCUACGGUAAAUGAUAUGAAAUCCCUUGACCAACAAGGUGCGUCAGCACCCGCUCGUUCUCAUGACACUAACGUAGAUGCUAUCAGACAGAAUUCCAACCUCAGAUGUGGAAAAUGUGGUCUCAGCCAUGAAAAAAAGUGCCCAGCUCAAGGUACAAGGUGUAGAAAGUGUAACCAGUGGAACCACUGGGAACAAGUGUGCAGAAAUAAACAAGCACAGGAUCGGAAAGCUAAACCUUCACUCCGGAAGCAGCCUGGGGCUGGAUACCGCACGCCAAGUCAAGUCAGAACAAGAUACACACAGUUGAGGAGACAAAUUCAGACUCUGAUGAGUUGUGUUUCGAGACAAUUAAAAUUGACAGUUCCAAUGUUACUCCAGUAAAAGAUGAAGCUUUUGCAAAGCUCCAAGUAAAGUUGCCUAAUGUUGAUCAUCCUAACCCUGUGCUCAAAGUGAAAGUAGAUACUGGCGCCCAGGAAAUAUUCUGCCUUUGCGAAUUUAUCGGAACAUGUUUCCACACCAUGUGGGUGAAAAUGGCCUUCCCACGGAGACAACACCGAGUCAGACCAAACUGACUGCAUACAAUGGCACCCAAAUACCCCAGCAUGGAGUAUGUUCUAUCAAGUGCUCUUAUGGUGACAAAGCAACUGAUGCAAUGUUUUAUGUUGCUGAUGUCGCUGGCCCCGCCAUUUGUGGCCUACCCACCUGUUGCCAACUUAACCUGGUGGAGUUACACUGUGCAGUAGGCACAUGUUCUAGCAAAGUGCCUCUCCCAGCAGUUAAGGAUAAAGGUGACCUCCAAGCUUUGUACCCUGACCGUUUUGAUGGCAUUGGUAAAUUUGAAGGGGAAUACCACAUUGUCACUGACCCGGAUGUGCCACCUGUAGUUCAUGCACCACGGAAGUGCCCAAUACACAUCAAGGAUGAUAUUAAAAGGGAGCUUGAUGAAAUGGUCCAUCUUGGAGUCAUUAAACCUGUGACCGAGCCCACAGACUGGGUUUCAAGUGUGGCUUACUCCCAAAAGUCAAAUGGACGAUGGCGCGUAUGCCUUGACCCUAAAGAUCUUAACCAAGCUGUCAAGAGAAGCCAUCAUCAUACACCUACCCUAGAGGAAAUCACCCACAAGUUCAAAGGAAGCACAGUAUUUUCAAAACUGGAUGCCCGUCAUGGUUAUUGGUCCGUAGUGCUCGAUAAAGAAUCCUCUUACCUUACCACCUUUAACAGCCCGUUUGGUAGAUUUAGAUUUACUCGUCUUCCCUUUGGACUCUGUGUUAGUCAGGAUAUUUUCCAACAGAAGAUGGAUUUUAUCCUUGAGAAAUGCCCAGGAACAGUUGGCAUUGCUGACGACAUUGCAGUUCAUGGUCCUACCGAGGAAGAACAUGAUGCCAAUUUGCACAACCUGAUGCUAGUCGCGCGGGAGCAUGGACUUGUCUUCAACCUAGACAAAUGUAUUAUUAAAGAAGAACUGAUAACAUUCUUUGGAAUGUUAUUUGAUACUGAAGGAGUGCACCCUGACCCAGAAAAGGUGGAAGCUAUCCGAGCCAUCCAGGUCCCACAGGAUGCCCAAGAACUCCAGUCUUUCCUUGGUAUAGCAACAUACAUGGCCCCUUUCAUUCCAAAUCUGUCUGCUCUGUCUGAGCCUCUGAGGAACUUGCUUAAGAAAGGCAGUGACUUCCACUGGUCUCCUUCCCACAGUACAGCUUUUGAGAAAAUCAAGCAGUCAAUCUGCCGUCAAGUCUCCCUUACGUAUUUUGAUCCUAAGAAGGACACAAUCCUCCAGGUUGAUGCCUCCCUUAGGGGACUCAGGGAGUGCGUUAGUGCAAGAAGGCAAGGUUGUUGCUUUCGCAUCUAGAGCACUCACGGACACGGAAAAACGAUAUGCAAAUAUUGAGCGUGAGAUGCUUGCUGUUGUUGUUGCUUGUGAGAAAUUUCACUCCUACUUGUUUGGCAAGAGGUUCAUGGUUGAGUCAGAUCACAAACCUCUUGAGAUGAUUCAUUUGAAGAAUCUUACAGCUGCUCCUCCAAGACUCCAGAGAAUGUUACUCAGAAUACAAGGAUAUGACUUCACUAUCAAGUACAAACCUGGCACAGAAAUGCUUCUUGCUGACCCAAUGUCAAGACUAAACCCUCUACCAAAUGAAGAGUCACUGGACCUUCAGAAAGUAUGCCUAGUGCGAUUCUCUGAUGAUAAGUUGAAUGCCUUGAGGCGAGACACGUCCUGUGAUCCUGAACUUUCAGCCCUACGAGAAAUUAUCUACUCUGGCUGGCCUGAAAAACAGAAACAAGUUCCAGUGCCAUUGAGGAAGUUCUGGGCCUACCGUGACGAGUUAUCUAUUGAAAACGGUCUAGUACUCAAGGGAGAAAGAGUGAUUAUUCCGAAUCACAAAGAGAUGAUAUCUUAGAGAAGAUACAUCAGGCUCACCAAGGUGUUGCGAAGUGUCAGCUACGAGCAAAAUCCUGUGUAUUUUGGCCCAAUAUUAACAAGGACAUUGAAGCUAAAGUCCAGAAGUGUGAAAUUUGUCAAGAAAGCCAAACCACACAAACCAAAGAAACACUGAACCACAUGAAGUACCUACUAGACCAUGGCAAGUAGUUGGUACUGAUCUAUUCACAUGGCAUGGGGACGAAUAUCUGCUUAUGUGUGAUUAUUACUCCAAGUUCCCCAUCAUCAAGAAAAAUACCAAGUGGACAAUCCACUGGACAAACAGUUGUAAGGCUUACAAAGUGCGUGAUGUCAGAACAAGGUGUACCGAAAGUCAUAAUUUCGGACAAUGGUCCACAAUAUGACUGUCAAAGCUACAAGCAGUUCUCUAACGAAUGGGGCUUCCAACACAUAACGUCCAGCCCCAGAUACCCACAGUCCAAUGGGUUUAUUGAGCGACAAGUCCAGACUGUUAAAAACACUUUAGACAAGGCUGUAAAAUCUGGAGAGGACCCUUACAUGUCAAUGCUCUGUCUUAGAUCUACUCCGAUUGAUUCACAGCUUCCGUCCCCUGCUGAAUUACUGUAUCAGCGUAAACUUCAAGCAAAUCUUCCGGUCAGAGUGGACAAUCGAAUACCUGACAGGGACAAAGUCGCCCAGCGCCUGACAGAACGUCAGCAGUCCAUGAAACACUACUAUGACCGGAAUGCGCAUGAUCUAAGUCCCCUGACAACAGGGCAACCUGUACGCAUACAGGACCAAGCUUCAAAGAAGUGGUUACCAGGAACUGUGAGUUGCACAAGACCUGAGCCGCGGUCAUAUGAAGUGAAAACCCAAUCUGGUUCAAUCCUUCGCCGUAACAGGCGCCACCUUCGCCCGGCAAACACGGGUCAACCUGUGAUUAGCUCUGAGGAUGAGCCUGCAAUCACCGAGUCUGAUGACCCUGUUGUUGAACCCUCUCAUGAUAUUCCGAAGUCUACUAAGGCACCGCACACCGUUGUGUCCAGUCCUACAAGAGAUGUUGGUCUCACCCCUGGAUCCCCCGGUGCUAGUGCGAACCCUGGGACCUAUCGGACCAGGAGUGGGCGUACAAUUAUAAGACCUGCUCGUUUUACUGAAUAGAACCUUUUGUUUUAGGAGUUGAGCGCCUAUACCAGUUCGUUUGUUCAAGUUCACACUUACCACGCGUACUCCAUUGUUAUACCAAUUUAGGAUUUAGUGCAGUGACUUUUGAUGCACACCAUAUGUUGCCAGGAUUUGUUGAGACUUUACCAAGGACUUCCCACCUUGCGGAAUAGUGGAUUUUUACUCUUGACUUUUAAGAACUGAUUACCUUUAAGGACUCUUGUUCAAUUCCUUUUUGUACAGUAGGAGGGAUGUUAUAGUAUGCUUUAUGUCAGGGACUGGGCCCGAGUUUGGUGUCUCUUUGGGCCCGCCAUCUUGCUACUUGUGUGUAUUAAAAGGUUGUGUUCAUCUAUCCGUUCUCUCGUGUCACAUAUCAUAGUUUAUCCAGGAUACUUUAACAAUCGCCACUGGGGGACGUUAUCUUUUUUAACGUUGAAAAUGUGAUGUGCCGACUGUGUUGACGGGUUUCAUUUAUUUAUUGCCCCCGCACGGAUUUCGCCCGGAAGGCGAAAUCCCGAGGAGGCACUCUAGUAACUUGCGUAUAUUAAAAUCUACAGUCAUACAGUCAUACAGUCAGUGCUUGAAGGUCCUUGAACAGGGGCCGCGAGGAAUCGGUAGGUAAUGAUGACGUUUCUAUUGCUUGCGCCCGCAAGUACGAAAUGGUUAGGAUGACGUAAAGACAGAACAUCCCCGAGGGACCGCUAAGGUAGGUGGAGGGAGCUCACGCAGUUUUCCAAAGCUCAUGCACGUUGUACGUGCCUAAGAUUUUUACCACUCUCCGAGCCGGUCUGAGUACUAAUUCCUGGGUAGGUACUUCAUGUAAACUUCAUCUAUUUUCAUUUACGGUAACAUAAACGAUCACAACAAUCAGUUUACUUUGCUCAGGGGUCUUUUGUGUUGAUCAAAGUAACAGCGCUGAAACCUACCAAAGGUAAGAAAGGCAUUUUAGUGCAUGAUGUAUACAUAUUACAAUGGGUUAAUGACAAUAUUGAUUGACACAGUAGAAAGGAUGCAUGAGCUUUUAGCCCAGUUAAUGACAGCGCCCAGCUGCCCUCUGGCGGGCGAUUUGUGCUGCUUUAUAAGUAAUGGUAACAGAACUGAGUGGAGUCCAAUUCGGUCUGUAAUCAUACGAGUGAUAAACAAAAUCGGACGACCGCGUAGCGAGAGUCCGAUUUGUUUAAUCACGAGUAUGAUUACAGACCGAAUUGGACGACACGAAGUUCUGUUACCAAUUAAUUCGAUAUUGUGUAUGAUCCUUUAAUUUUUGCGAACUGUCCAAUUAAUAAUUAAUUUUGUUAGUUUCUUAUUAGAGUUCAGCACUGACGGUGCUGAAUGGGGUUAAGCAGUAAAAUAGUGAUUAAGGUUCGAUAUGGUUAGCUUCUUUUUAGGGUUUAAUAGGGUUUUUUACCAUAUUCAAAUCAGUCUUGUGUUAAAAAACUGGGCUAUUAUAUUCGGACAUUAGUUACAUAGUCUCUCGAAUGGACACUUAGAAAAUGGUAAAUGAAGGGUGACCCAGUCUGCAGAGUGGCAAGUGCAUGCACUAGCCUUUUCUCGUAAUUCUUUUUGUACACACCAAAUUUGUAGCAUUGCACACGGCAGCACCAUGCGUAACAAGAGAUUUGCACCUGACCUACUGACCUGUAGGGGAGUAGCCAUGAUCUUUUUCCCAAUCCACCCUAACCUGUAAGUUUAACUCAUUUGGAUGGACUGGCAGUUAGGUCCCAACCUUACAGUUGCAGUUUCAUUUGUUUCAUUCCAAAUUAAUGUUCUAUAGUUGUCGUAAAAGCUUAAAAUACAUGCACCUUAAAUUUGUUUAAGGUAUCAGAACUGCUAUAAAGUCAAAAAGUGAUCAUGCUUAUAAAAUCGCGUACUUGAAAUGUACUCUUAACCUGAACUCAAAUUCCAAAAAUGAAGCAUUUUCAUUGAACAGAAGCCGAGGAAACAAAGGCCAAAGUUGGUAUCUGAGAGCACUCUUUUGGAGUUAUAUUGCAAUUUUCACAACCUGACACGUGAUAAAGCAUUAUGAGUUUCAAGUAAGUCAGGGCAAACUUAUAGCAAAAUUCGCUCACAUUCUGCUUUCCCAGAUAAAGUAUGAUUAUUUUGUUAUUUCUAAAUCAUUUCUAUGGCUGUAAAAAGCCUUCCAGAGAAACCUUAGAUAUAUGAUCCUUGCAAGGUCGAUGACAGAUAAGGCUGCAGUUAAAUGACCUUUUAUGCAAAUUAGCACGUUUCUAAGACUAAAACAUUGUUUACGAAGGCGUAUUAAGAGUACGUCACAUAACGAAUUCAAACAAAGAUAAACCCUUUUUCUCGCCACUUUCCGUGCUACAAUUGGGUCAGUGUCACAACAAAUAUUAAGAACAGCGGUUUUCUUGGAAGAAUUCGAGAUGGCGACGAAGAAAACAGUGCAGCGCGACGAAAGUUAUGGGCUAAUGAAGGGCAAUUCUGCGGCUGCGUUGGACCGCACUCAAACCAAAUUGAUGUAAAAAGUUGAGGAUUAAUAAUACCGUGCUAAAACUUGCCAGGUUUAUUCACACGAUGUCAAGGAAAGAUGUAUUAAAUUUCUGGCUAUUCGUGGAAUAUUUUGGAAUUUUUUUGGCAGCCGAAGUCACAGGGCAUUACCAAAAAAAUUCCACCUCUAUGUCUCAGGAAAAAUUUACUGGCUACUGCCAGGAAUUUAAAGGUAAAUAAAUAAUCUAAUUAUAAGUCGGUUCCAAUUUUUUUUAUUCCUAGCUAUCAAGAGAAAGACAGAAAUAUGGAAUUACUGAAUUUUUGAGCCUGCAAUAUAAAUCAGAAAUCACACCUUAGCUGUGAAAACUGACACCUCAAAUUUCAAUUUUCUGAAAGCUCAGUUCUCGCUUGAUAGACCUCUGUAAUUUUUAAUGUGCAAAAUUCUUUACUAUUUGAGAAAUAAAUUUUUCAAAUGGAAUGGUUCUUAGCAGAUCUAAUACCUUAAGUUUCAGUUUGUGAAAUUGCAAAAAUUAAGUGGGUUAUUCCAAAAUUUACAAAAAAUUGCUUAAAUUAACAUGUCGCCAAAAUUGCACAUAAUAAAGUACCUGAAAAAAAUGAGAUAAAAGAAGCGCGCAUUUAAAAAGGUUACACAAAAGUUACGUUGCUUAUCAGAAAAUAUGCACCUAGAAGUCCACUUGAUUCUGUGUGGUGUGGUUUUUUGUUCCAAAUAUUGCAAUUUCUCUUUCACAUUCAAUUUUGGUUUUCUAAAAUAUUCACCAAGGACCAGAGGCUGGGGACUCUCAGGUGGCCACCACCCUAUGAGCGUGACCCACAAAAGGAAAGCUGAACUCAGUGAACCUUCUAGCUCAACUUCUUCAACCCACUCACCAGCUGUUUUUGUCUCAUUAUGCAAUUUUCCUCCCCAAGAAACCCUGCAUCACAUUCAAACCACAUUCCUUUCCCAAGUUUGAUCAAUCACAGAGCAAGGUUUCAGAAUCUAUUUUUGAGCAAACCUUUUUCACAUGUCAUCCAUUCAUAGCCUGUAUUCUAUCAUGUCUUGUGCAGUGUGAAGUUUUCUACCAUAAAGCUGUUGUUUUUCUUGUCUCAUGCAUUUUUUUUUUCUAAAUGAAAAAGACUUGAAAUUGCAACGAUUUGACAACCAGCAUUCAUGCUAAAGAUCAAAUUUGGCAUCCAGUUAUUCUACAAUUCCAUUGACUUUUUUUAUAAACAUGUGAGCUUUAAAAUAAAAUAUCUGGUCUGCCUAUAAAACUGAAGGACUUGAUAAACAUGGUGAUGAUCUGAUUUCAAUCACCUGUUUCCUGUCAAAAAAUAUUUCAGCAGUGGAAAAUUUACCGAUCCAUCUUUUCUACCUAGUACUGCACAGUUUAAAGUUGUCCCUUUCAGUGCCAAGUGUGUUGUUCAAAAUGUGUGGCAGAAAAUUUCUAGUCAGUCUUUGAUUCAGUGUUUGUGAAAGCAAAACAUAACCCUGGCCUCAAACAUAGCUGGCACCUCCAUAUAAGCAUAUUUACAGCGACGAUUUGCCAAACUGCCUAACUUCAUGCCAGCCUAGGAUGUAUGCUGAUGACACACACAUCACUUAUGCAUAUGUUGUUGUGAAUUCAAUACAGUUAAAUUUGAAUCACGAUUUAGGUAAUCUAAACAAAUGGCUUAUUUUCAACGAUACUUUGAACACUGCUAAAACUGAAUUUAUGCUAAUUGGAUCAAGACAAAAAUUGAGUACUUUAUCGAGCCAACCCGAGCUCUUGAUUGAUAAUAUUCCAAUGGAAAAAGUUACCUCUGUAAAAUCGCUUGGAAUAUUUAUUGAUGUAAAUCUACGGUGGCAAAUGCACAUCAAUAAAUUAUCUAAAUAGAUUGUGUCCGGGAUAGGAGCAAUUAAAAGAAUGAGAGAUUUUGUUCCAAUGCCUACUCUCCAUUAUAUAUACAAUGCUCUCAUUCAAUGUCAAUUCAAUGAUAUUGAUUGUAAUAUUGUCUGGGUAAUUGAGGAAAAACUUUCUUUGACAGGCUACAGAAGCUUCAGAACCAUGCUGCUCAGGUUCUAACCUGUUCUACAUAUGAUGCUGAUGCCAACCGCUUAUUUGGACAACUUAAUUGGAAAGACUUAAGCACUCAGUUUCAAAUACAAAAAGCCCUAAUGGUUUACAAGUCUUUAAAUGAUCUUGUUCCAGGAUAUUUAUCCUCUAAAUUUGUUAAACGAUAUGAAACGCGCUACUCCCUAAGGGACUCUGUUAACAGACCAAUAUUUAUUGUCCCGUUCCUGCAAACUAACUUCAUGAAGAACAGCUUCAGUCAUAGUGGAGCAGUUCUCUGGAACAGCCUGCUCACUGUGAUAUGAGAGAGGCUAAAUCUUUAAGUCAACUUAAACGAUUGGCACAUCUGAAUUUCUGACGAAUAAAGAAUUUUUCUUUCUUUCUUUUCUUUCUAAAUCACAGGGGCUCAUUUUAUGGGGGGGGGGGAGAAAAUUCACCCCUCCCCCACCGUCUUUUUGCAUAUACAUGUACCCCGCAUCUUGAAAAGUUGCCCCUGUUAUAUAGUAUUUGUUAUUCAGCUGAAUUUUUAAGGAUUCGGAAUAUUUAGAAGGUAGCAGAAUAGCGACUUAUCAGCUUUUUUUAAGUCUGAGCAUUGUUUUAGCUGGGGUGGGGGGCUAGGGUACUCAGGGAGUGGCUGGGUGGGUAUUUGGAACCACAAGCAGAAGGCUGAGUCAUUUCACUAAUAAUAUUGUUGCUUAUUUAUUUUUUAAAAUGACAUUGAAAGUUUUACUUAUAAUAUUUCAGUUUCUGGUGAAGAUUCUUGUAAAAUCACUCACUAGAGAAAGAGAAAAUAAAAUUGCAUAAAAGUUACAUGUACAUUAGCCUGAAAUUCAUCUGAUUGCUUCGAGUCGUUUUCUCCUCUCAACAACUGAGGGAGUAAUAACAACUCGAAGUAAUCGGAAGAAAUUCAGGCUACAUGUACAUCACUAUACUGGUAAUUUCUUAGACCAAUUCUCUUGACCUAUGGAAUGUAUGAAAUCAUUAACUUAUUACAAAAAUAAUGAGUAAUAGAUUCUGUAUUGUCAUCAUUGUCAUCUGCAGUACGUAAGUUUUCUUUGCCCCUUUUUUUUUCACUGUAAGUCUCACCUCAGUAACCUUACUAAGUUUAAUCGCUCUCCUUAAAAAUUAUUAGUAGCAUUUCCCAUUCAACUGCGAGCACUUAACGUCACACCAAACUCCAAUUACAUUACUACAAAGCAAAUAAGGAAACCAGGGUGCACAGAAAAUCAUUUCUACAGCUUACCAUUCGGGCAAACUAAAGCUAGUAUUUAGUAGCCCAGACGUCAUUUCAACUAGCCCCAAAAGCUUUGACUAGCAGAAUUGAUUUCACAGUUCUUCUGUUAUUCGAAUUCCUCAAAAAACAUCACUUGCCCAUCGGGCAAGUUAAAAACAGAAUUCACCAGCGCGAUAGCAAAAUCCACCAGCCCUGGGCUAUGGGACACUACUUUCUUUGCUCGCUGGAAACAUGCUUCUCAAAAAUUAUUAAUAAUAGUAGAGUAAUAGAAAAUUAAUGUGUGUUAACUCUUUGCAAAUUAGUGAGUUUAUCUUGAAUGUUUGUUUUCCAUUUGGUGGUGAAGCUGAUUAUCAUAUAUGAUGUAGAAUUAUUGAUUGGUUACUUGUGCUAAGUAGGGUGUAUGGCAGCCUCCAUGAAAUUAAGCUCUGUAUAGAUAUUGUGACAUAAGGUUUUUUGCCUAAACUCUGGAAUAUUUUUUUUACUAAAAGUUGAAAUUUUUAAGUACAGUAUUUGCUAUUUAAGUUUUAGACAUGUUGAGAUAACCUUGAGUACCUCGAGUAGCCUCCUCUAUGUGACAGUUUCUAUUUUGCUCUUAUUUUAUUGGUUAUGGUUUCAGUAACUCUUCAUAGUGAAACCUUGCUCAGUAUCCUGCAAGCAAGCUUUCUGAGGGUUUGGGAGGGGAAAAUCUCCCCUUUUUUUUCUCCACCUAACCCCAGUGCCCCCAGAAAGAACUUGUCUCCUGGGUGUUAGUUGGUAUUACUCAGUGCAGACUAAAACUUAAAAAGUAAGCACUAACUAAGAGGAAAACUUUCUAGAAAUUCCUUUCACAUGUUUGUUUGAAUUACAAGUCAGUUCUUUUCUUCUCUCCAAGAAGGGCAAUAAAUGUUGUCAAAAUUUAAUUUCAUGGGAAAGAUUAUCUUAAUACAUGAUGACUCAUUGUAACUCUAAUUAUGAUAUAAGUUUUUGUAUUUUUAACUUUAUAGUCAAGUAGUUCCUUAAAGUAUUUUAUAGUCUAAUUUUAUAUACAAUUCAUAGGAAGACCAUGUAAAAUUGAUACGUUUUCAUGUAAUAUAUCAAACAUCAGAUGCAGUGUUUCAUCACCAGAUGAAACACCAAGAAGAGAGUUGAAAAUACGACGCACAGCGGAGUAUUUUUGACGAACUUCGAGGUGUUUCAUCCGGUGAUGAAACACUGUGUCGAAUGUUUGAUAUUUCUUCUCAAACAAAAUCAUUUUUGAAGGAGAAAUUAAGGAUACAAAAAUGAGCAGUUUUUCAUCUGAUAUCCAAACACUCAUUAAACAUUAAUUUCCUCUGAAUUUUCUUUAUGAAUUAUUAAUGAGUUUGAGAAGUAUAAAUAAAGAUUGGUGGUGAUGAUGUUGCAGUUUAGCUGAAAAGUAGUUUUUGAUGGCAAAUUACUGACAUAUGAUGGCAAAACAUGAAAAAAACUAUAUUUUGUUUUAGUCGUUUUUAUUGUGUUUCAGGGUUCUGCUGGUGAUCAUGGCCAGGUUGCAUAAAGCCUUCUUAAGAUAAGAGGGCUCUUAACUCUUGUUCUGAAACAAUAACCUAAAAGCCACAAUCUUAACUACAACUGGGAGCGGCAAAGAGCAAAAUUGUAAGCUGCAAUUUAAAUUUCAGAGUUUGUGUGUUAUUGAAAGGUAGAGUAAUCUAGCUGGAUUUAAUGCUUUAAGAAAGGUGCAGAAUAAAAUCUCUUUAUUUUAUAUUGAUAGGGUGCAAAGGAAGCUGCAGUUCAUGUCUUUAAAGUGUAAACAGUGUGCAAAAUGUUUUAGCCGAGCUGGACACUUAAGGAAUCAUGAAAGAGUUCACACUGGGGAAAAGCCUUAUGAAUGUAAACAGUGUGGCAAGUGUUUUAGCGAAGCAGGAAACCUAAAGAGCCAUGAAAUAGUUCACACUGGGGAAAAGCCUUUCGAAUGUAAACAGUGUGGCAAGUGUUUUAGUGUAGCAGGAAACUUAAGGAUUCAUGAAAGAGUUCACACUGGGGAAAAACCCUAUGAAUGUAAACAUUGUGGCAAGUGUUUUAGUACAGCAGGAAGCCUAAGGAUUCAUGGAAGAGUUCACACUGGGGAAAAGCCUUUCGACUGUAAACAGUGUGGCAAGUGUUUUAGUGUAGCAGGAAACUUAAGGAUUCAUGAAAGAGUUCACACUGGGGAAAAGCCUUAUGAAUGUAAACAUUGUGGUAAGUGUUUUAGUACAGCGGGAAGCCUAAGGAUUCAUGCAAGCGUUCACACUGGGGAAAAGCCUUAUGACUGUAAACAUUGUGGCAAGUGUUUUAGCCGAACAAGAGACCUAAAGAGACAUGAAAGAGUUCACACUGGGGAAAAGCCUUAUGAAUGUAAACAGUGUGGCAAGUGUUUUAGCGAAGUAGGAAAUCUAAGGAGCCAUGAAAUAGUUCACACUGGGGAAAAGCCUUUCGAAUGUAAACAGUGUGGCAAGUGUUUUAGUGUAGCAGGAAACUUAAGGAUUCAUGAAAGAGUUCACACUGGGGAAAAGCCUUAUGAAUGUAAACAUUGUGGCAAGUGUUUUAGCCGAACAAGAGACCUAAAGAGACAUGAAAGAGUUCACACUGCGGAAAAGCCUUAUGAAUGUAAACAGUGUGGCAAGUGUUUUAGCGAAGUAAGAAAUCUAAGGAGCCAUGAAAGAGUUCACACUGGGGAAAAGCCUUUCGAAUGUAAACAGUGUGGCAAGUGUUUUAGUGUAGCAGGAAACUUAAGGAUUCAUGAAAGAGUUCACACUGGGGAAAAGCCUUAUGAAUGUAAACAUUGUGGCAAGUGUUUUAGUACAGCAGGAAGCCUAAGGGUUCAUGGAAGAGUUCACACUGCGGAAAAGCCUUUCGAAUGUAAACAGUGUGGCAAGUGUUUUAGUGUAGCAGGAAACUUAAGGAGACAUAAAAGAGUUCACACUGGGGAAAAGCCUUAUGAAUGUAAACAGUGUGGCAAGUGUUUUAGUACAGCGGGAAACCUAAGGAUUCAUGAAAGAGUUCACACUGGGGAAAAGCCUUAUGACAGUAAACAUUGUGGCAAGUGUUUUAGCAAAGUAGGAACCCUAAAGAGGCAUGAAAGAGUUCACACUGCGGAAAAGCCUUAUGAAUGUAAACAGUGUGGCAAGUGUUUUAGCCAAGCAGGAAACCUAAGGAGCCAUGAAAUAGUUCACACUGGGGCAAAGCCUUAUGAAUGUAAACAGUGUGGCAAGUGUUUUAGCCGAGCAGGAAACCUAAACAGUCAUGUAAGAGUUCACACUGGGGAAAAACCCUAUGAAUGUAAACAUUGUGGCAAGUGUUUUAGUACAGCAAGAAGCCUUAGGAUUCAUGGAAGAGUUCACACUGGGGAAAAGCCUUUCGAAUGUAAACAGUGUGGCAAGUAUUUUAGUGUAGCAGGAAACUUAAGGAUUCAUGAAAGAGUUCACACUGGGGAAAAGCCCUAUGAAUGUAAACAUUGUGGCAAGUGUUUUAGUACAGUGGGAAGCCUAAGGAUUCAUGCAAGCGUUCACACUGGGGAAAAGCCUUAUGACUGUAAACAUUGUGGCAAGUGUUUUAGCAAAGUAGGAACCCUUAAGAGUCAUGAAAGAGUUCACACUAGGGAAAAGCCUUAUGAAUGUAAACAGUGCAGUAAAUGUUUUAGCGAGGCAGGAAGCUUGAAAAGUCAUCAAAGAGUUCACACUGGAGAAAAGCCUUAUAAAUGUAAAUACUGUGGCAAGUGUUUUGGUCAGCGAGGAAGUCUUAAGAAGCACAAAGACGUCCACAGUGGAAAAACGUCGCUUAACUGUGACAGUAACAAAUGUUCGUUUAAACGUUUGCAUUGUAAGCGUAAGAGAGCAGGAAGUAAUAUAAGGUCAGGAUUUACAAACACCACACUGUCACAUAGAGAGACUAGAAACAGUGGUAUGGAAGACCAGGAAUCAGGCAUCAUUGAGAAACACAGCUGCUGGAUUUGUCAAGAGGAGAUGAGUAGUGAAUCCCUUCUUCUUCAACAUUAUGAAAACCAUAUGACUUAUGUAGCUGAAGAUGUUUCAGAAAGAUGA